UGCACUCAUCACCUUUCUCUUUCUCUCUCUGUAGAGGUCCUCUUUCCUUUCUUUCUUCCGUUUAUCGAGGUCCCCUCACACUCCGAACCCUAGCAGAGGUGAAGAGAACAAAAGGUGUUUUUUUCUUCUUGGAAACCACACAAGCUCCUGAGGCCGAGGAAAAAUGGAUCCCCUGAGGCUGAAGCAACAGCAACAGGCCCUGAUGCAACAAGCUCUCCUCCAACAACAGUCUCUCUAUCACCCUGGCAUCUUGGCACCUCCUCAGAUAGAGCCAAUCCCAAGUGGAAAUCUGCCUCCUGGUUUUGAUCCAAGUACUUGCCGCAGCGUGUUUGUGGGAAACAUCCAUUCUCAAGUGACUGAACCACUACUACAAGAGGUUUUUGCAAGUACUGGUCCUGUGGAAGCUUGCAAGCUUAUUAGAAAGGAAAAGUCAUCAUAUGGGUUCAUUCACUACUUCGAUCAUCGAUCAGCUGCUCUUGCUAUAUUUUCUCUAAAUGGAAGGCAUUUAUUUGGACAGCCUAUCAAGGUCAAUUGGGCAUAUGCUAGUGGUCAGAGAGAGGAUACAUCAGGUCACUUUAAUAUUUUUGUUGGGGAUCUCAGUCCUGAGGUUACUGAUGCAAUGCUGUUUGCAUGCUUCUCUGUCUAUCAGAGUUGUUCGGAUGCGAGGGUUAUGUGGGAUCAAAAAACAGGUCGUUCAAGAGGAUUUGGGUUUGUUUCAUUCCGAAACCAGCAGGAUGCACAAAGUGCAAUUAAUGACUUAAAUGGAAAGUGGCUUGGCAGUCGGCAGAUCCGUUGUAACUGGGCAACGAAGGGUGCUAGUAGCAACGAUGACAAGCAAAGCUCAGAUGCUAAAAGUGUGGUUGAACUAACCAAUGGUUCAUCAGAGGAUGGUAAAGAGACCACCACCAAUAAUGAGGCUCCAGAGAAUACUCCUCAAUAUACUACUGUUUAUGUGGGCAAUCUUGCUCCAGAGGUCACUCAACUUGAACUCCAUCGUCACUUCCAUGCUCUUGGUGCUGGGGUGAUUGAGGAGGUUCGGGUUCAGCGUGACAAAGGCUUUGGCUUUGUUAGAUACAAUACACAUGCUGGGGCUGCUUUGGCUAUUCAGAUGGGGGGCACUCAAUCAUUUCUAUGUGGAAAGCAAAUUAAGUGCUCUUGGGGCAGCAAACCUACACCACCUGGGACAAGUUCAAAUCCACUUCCCCCACCUGCAGCUGCACCUUUACCUGGUUUUUCAGCAAUUGACCUUUUAGCUUAUGAGAGGCAGUUGGCUAUGAGCAAAAUGGGUGGCGUUCAUGCCCUAAUGCACCAGCAGGGACAGCACCCUCUCAAGCAGGCAGCAAUGGGAGUGAGUGCUGCUGGAGGCAGCCAGGCUAUAUAUGAUGGUGGCUUCCAGAAUGUUGCUGCUGCCCAGCAGCUAUUGUACUAUCAGUAAUAAAAAUAGAGUUCGUGUGAUAAUAUCCUUAAUUCCUCUGCAUUGGCAUGUUUUAUUUGAGUUAUAAACAUUUAGGAGGCACUGCUUUUAUCUAUAGCCAUGUGUUUGUCUAUUGCAUCCUUUACCUAUUUCGACAUUCUAUUGAGUUCUAAACACGGUUAGGAAGCUUCUUAAUAUAUUUUCGCCUAUAUAUUGCAUACAGUAUCAUUGGAUAUAUAUAAACCUUUCUCUGGAGGUUACUUC